AUGGCGUGUUACGUUGAUCCCGACAGGCGGUCAUCCCAUGUGCAUGUGGAAAUUCGAUGCUCAUGCUCCGAUGUGGACUACUCUGAUCCAGGGGUAAACCCAACUAAAGAGACUAGACUAGACCAGGGAGAAAAGGCUUGGUUCCAGGGCCCAGGCAAGAGAAGGACAGAGAAGCAGGAAAAAGCCGUUGAUGGGCCUCAGCGUUCCGAUCCAAUAAGACACGGCCUGUACUACUCGAGUAGGUCAAGUCAAAUAAUGACACCCGAGCCUCCGGAUGACGAGUGUGGGGAGGGAUGCCACACUGAAACCCCUCAUAUCGAUCCUGCAAUAACAAGAAAGAGAGAAUGGAUCUUUUGGAUUAGGUUGUUUCGUAUUUGGCGCGGUCAUCAAGCCAUGAAAGAAGAAAGAGACGAGAUGACAAGCCAGGGCAGUUUUUUAGUUCCUGACUAA